AUGUUACUUCAGUAUGCACAUCUGACUCAACCCCUGGACGUCCGUAGGCAAGCAGCGGAAGUCUUUAUUAAGUCAGUAAAGCCAGAGCUGAAGGUGCAAGCUGAACCUAUUACAGACCCUUAUGGACCCUCAAUCGUCGACCCAGAAUUGGAAGCCAUUGUUGUAAGUAAAGAGACGUUAAAAGGAGGAGAAUCCGUGAACAACAAAAGGGCUGAAAGAGGUCUCUCUCAACUCCAGGUAGAGGUUGUUGACUUGCUAUUCGAGGAUGGCAAUUCAGAGAAGAUAAGCUCCGCGAUCCUGAGAGAGCGUGAGGUGAAGCAAACCAAAGUAGGUUGAGCUCAAUGUCUACUUGUAAGAAUCACCUGAUAAACAGCUGCAAUAUUGUGAUUUAGCUUUCUUUCA